GGCUGGGCCGGGCCGGCGGCGGGCGCGGAGCUGGCGGGAGCGGCUGCCCGGCGCGGUGCCCCGGCCUGGGGUGAGCAUGCUGCCCUAGUGCUGGGGCUAUGUCGGAGGCGGCCCGGAGCCUCCUGCAGCGCUGGGGCGCCAGCUUCAGGAAAGGCACCGACUUCGACUCCUGGGGGCAGCUGGUGGAGGCGAUCGACGAGUACCAGAUAUUAGCAAGGCAUCUACAAAAAGAGGCUCAGUCUCAGCACAACAACUCGGAGUUCACAGAAGAUCAAAAGAAAACCAUAGCUAAAAUUGCAACAUGCUUGGAGCUGAGAAGUGCAGCUUUACAGUCCACCCAAUCACAGGAUGAAUUUAAGCUCGAGGAUCUGAAGAAGUUGGAACCAAUCCUAAAGAAUAUCCUCACUUACAAUAAGGAGUUCCCCUUUGAUGUUCAGCCUGUCCCAAUCAGAAAGAUUUUAGCACCUGGAGAAGAGGAGCACUUGGAGUUUGAGGAAGAUGAUGAGGAAGGAGGAGCUGGAGCGGGGUCUCCAGACUCUUUUCCUGCUAGAGUUCCAGGAGCCAAUGAAGGUACUUUAUUACCCAGAUUGCCAUCUGAACCCGGGAUGACUUUACUUACCAUCACCAUAGAGAAAAUUGGUCUGAAAGAUGCUGGGCAAUGCAUUGAUCCUUACAUCACAGUCAGUGUAAAGGAUUUGAAUGGGAUAGAUCUGACUCCUGUGCAAGAUACUCCUGUGGCUUUGAGGAAGGAGGACACGUAUGUCCAUUUUAAUGUGGACAUCGAGAUUCAGAAACACAUUGAAAAACUAACAAAAGGUGCAGCUAUUUUCUUUGAAUUCAAACACUACAAGCCUAAGAAAAGGUUUACUAGCACCAAGUGCUUUGCCUUCAUGGAGAUGGAUGAAAUUAAACCGGGGGCAAUUGUAAUAGAACUGUACAAAAAACCCACUGACUUCAAAAGGAAGAAAUUGCAACUGUUGACCAAGAAACCACUUUACCUUCACCUCCAUCAAACAUUGCACAAGGAAUGACUCUAGUUGUGCGACUUCUGUGAACUGAACGCCAGUCCUAGUAGCUGUGUGCCAUAGCCUUGCCCUUCGAGGGGCAGGAAGCCGAGUGGAUUGAUGCCAGUAAGGACAGAGGGGCCCAUCAGUCACACCUGCACAGCACUGCCUGGGGCUGGGGCCAGCCCCACAUUCCAGCCCAAGAUCUUUUCAGUACCUUCCUUCCCCAUACAGGCUUCUCCCAGAGCCCCAAAAUACGUUGACUGCUUUUCCUAAUUUUGCUGUUCAUCACUUUUUUUAUCUUAACCGUUAUUAUCCUUUUGCCUCGAGCUCCACCUGAGGAUGGAGAAUGCCCCUUUGCCAAACCUGUAGCAAUAAAGAUGUGGCAGGCCUACUAACUGUUGACACUCGCUGUGCCAUUGCAGUUCCUCUCUUCUGCAUUUUGGAGUCCUCUGUAGCAGGUGGGGUGGCAGGAGACGGGGAGCAAGAUGAGGUGGGGCAGGAAGGAGCUUGAGGUAAAGCAAGUUGUUUGAAGUGAGAGAGAAGGAGGAUGGGUCAAGUGGGUGGCCGCAGAAGAGCUGCUGUUGGCUUUUCUGCUUUGGCCAGGCCAGGAGGAGGACAAGUACAGAUGAGAGAACCCCGAACUAUGAUUUCGACAGCCUUGCCUGAUCCACUCAUACUGAGUUUUGGGUACAUGUUACAAUCCUUCAGAUCACUGUCACUCUCUCAAAGAGUUAAUUUUUGUGUAUCUUGUCACAGAGUGAUUUGCCAAGGUGGGUGGGGAAUGGAGAGAGGCUUCCUCCUCAUGGCAGUGGGCAUCUCACCAGUUCUGUGAGAGCAGGACAGGCCCCUCAGUUCAAGCCUCAACUUUCCAGAGUUUUUGGUAAAGUAGAUCUGGCUAACAGGUUGACCCACCUUUUACGUGAAACUGCUGUUCUCAUGAAAACUGAUUAGAUGCAGUUUUCUGCAUUAUUUUGUGCAAGUCUGGAAACUAAAAAUUACCUUUAUAUGUAAGUAGAUAGGAUUAUCAUUUAUUUUCUAUAUUUUUGAUUUGGUGUGUAAUAAGCUGCAGGACACUGGCUUAUUCCAACACACUUGCCUUCACCUUUUCACCUAAUAAAGGGACAGAAGUAGAACCCAGUCCAAUCUUUCAUAUAUUUGUGUGGAUAUUUAAUAUACUACCUUAAGGUUUGAUGCAUUUCUUUGCAUAUCUAACUAGUGCCUAAAUACUCUGCUAUGCUAACAAAAGACCCACCUCCUAAAAUGCCAUUGAAUAUUAGGUUUUAAACAGUCUUGAUGUAGAUGCAUCACCCAUUCUUCUCUUCUGGCCACGAUGAGAAGAUGAUGAGAUGAUUCUUUAACCCCAAGAUGUUACAUUAUGCUUUGAUAGAUGGGAUGUUACUUUUCCUUUUUUGUCUGACUGCAGGCAGGUCUUCAUCAUUGAUGGUUUUAUGGGACUGGUUAGGACAAAAAACUGAUUUUUUGAGUGUCCUAAUCUUUUUGCCUUCCUUCUGUUGUGGUUUAAUUAGGGAUGUCAUUGAGGUGUCAGGACAAAAGUCAGCUGCCCUUCCUCAAAUUCCACUACUGCAUGGAAGGGGGAAAAGUGCAAUUGAAUUUUCCUGUUUCUGGGUCUUUACCCCGCCGCCAUGGUCUUAUAUAUGUGAAGUAGCAAGCCCUGGACUGAUACCCCUAUGCAUUUAGGGGAUGUAGCUCUGGAGGCAGCCUUCUUGAUACCGGGCUCAAGGAUACAAUAAUAACUUGUAAAAAAUCAUCCUUUGGAGUCCGCAAAAGGCUGGAGCAAAGUGUUAGUCCAUGGCUGCACAUACCGGGGAGCUUGGGCCCUAGGGCUGCUACCUGUCCCUGGCUGGCUCAGGUCCCUGCCUGAGCUCCUGCGAACCGAGAGCAGCACUUGUGCCUGGGCCAGGGCUGGGGCUCUGUGCCGCCCUCUUGUGGCUGCCGGGGAGAAAGCACAGCUGUGGCCACCCGUGCUUGGCCCUGAGCGCCUGCCUCAGCCCCUCCCGCUGCGCAGGGGAAGGGAGGAGACCCCACUAUCAGCCGGCUUGGUGCUGGGGAAGGGAAGGGCCCGAACUGAGCGAACCCGACUUUCAAGCACAGAUGUUCCUCAAUGUGCCUACGCAACUCCACCAUUUCCCCUUGAAUUACAAAUCCACCCUGCCUCCGCCCCAGUUUCUAGAGAUCUGUGUUAACUCCUUCUAUGAAAUGUCAACUUUGAAGUGUUUUUUGUUAAAUACACAAGUAGAGCUUUGUAUUUAACUAAUUGUGGAUUCAUGGCUGUAGAGUGUGAAUUACUUUUUAUAAAGCUGCUUCUGUCCUUUGUGUGUUUCCUAGGACCUGCCUUUCAGGGAGAGGGGUGCUCCUCUCCCUCACACUUCUUGUACCAUUUUAUGCUUUAGCCAUGUUCUAUCUUGUCUGUUGUCUGAAAGCUAAAGCUCAAGCCUUGUACUGUAAAGAUGUAACACAGAGGGGGCAAGUCAGAUGGCUGCUUGUACAGUGCCAGUAAAGCUGUAAUGGCCUCUCAGGA